CCGAAAGAACCUCGGCCCUCGAACCUCGAGCCUCGAACGUUGCCCCUCAGCACGGGUGCUCCGCCCAGUACGCCCCUCGCCUGUGCGGGGCGGCGGAUCGCCAGUCGAGCUGGCCGUGCGUCGUGAUGGUGGCUGCCAUGGCCGGCACUCCCACGUCCGCCAGGUUCGGCGGCUACUCGGUCGACAAGUCUGAGGCUGGCAUGCAUCCUGCCAAGCUCUUCAUCGGUGGCAUCACGAGGCACACGACGACCAAGCAGCUGCGCGAUCACUUCUCCCGCUACGGCCGUGUACUCGAUUGCGUGGCGAUGCGCCAGCCGGACGGGCGCCCCCGCGGCUUCGGUUACGUAACGCUCGACUCGAUGGCAGCUGCGGAUCGUUGCCUCGCGGAGAAGCAGAUUGUCGAUGGGAGGGUGGUCGACAUGAAGCGAGCCGUGCCAGAGGGUUCAGGCAGCCCCAUGGGAGCCGCGGCUGGAGGAAUGCUGGACUACGGGCAUACUCCGGACUCGUGCCUGGGGGCGCCGCUGCGGGUCCCGCCGCCGCCGGCGUCGCUCUACGGGGAGUGGCCAGACGCCUCGGCGAUGGGGCUGGGUGCGUCACCCUACUUCGGCAUGCUCCCCGCGUACGAGCAGCACAUCAGCCCGACGGGUACUUCUCCCAUUGCGGGAGGCGAGCAACCUUGGGGUUGCUACACCCCGCAGACGCCCGACACCAGUGGCGAUGCGCCCGACUGCGUGGAGCUGCUCAGCCGCCGGGGCAUGCUGCAGCACCAGCAGCGGCUCGCGCCGGCGCGCGGUGACGCCUCAACCAGGCCAAGCGGUAGGGGGCGGCCUCCUCACGCCGCGUACGUGUCCUCCUUGGCCUCCCCCUUUUCUUGCUCGUUCUCUUCUAGCUUUUUCUCCUCCCUGUCCUCUCCUUGAGCUGAAAGUCCUCCUGCGUUGGUAGAGUAGGAGACGACCCAACGCCGCCGUGAGGGAGUUGACGCUGACUUUCAGCGGAAGCACAAGACCAGUCAGGCUCACGUCCGAAAAGGGCUGGCCGUGGCAGCUUUCCCUUGCGUUGCUCAGCGAGAUGGUGGUGACGCUGGGGCCCAACCUCACAUGCGAG